ACCCGUUCCUCUCUGUCUUCAAGUACCUUUGAGAAUAAGUCACCACACCUUGCCGGGGCCUGCUAGGCUCUAAAGACCCACCUAGUUUCGCUCACUAUUCUCUAUACUGAUUGACUGAGAACUCCUCUGUUAGGUUACUAGAGAGGUCUGCGUGUGAGAGGAAGGAGAGUUGAGUGUGACACACUCUGUAACAUAGAACGAAACCGCAGAAGCACAAAAGCAGAAGAGGAACUUCCUGUGCAUGACAGCAACAGAAGCUGGGGUGGAGGACAAGGUGGAAAAUAAACAUGUUAACUGUUAUGCUUAUACUAAGCAGUAGGUGAUAGUGAGUAAAACAAUGUUGCACAGGAAGGAAAGCAGACUAUUUUUCAAUUCUAAGGAAACAUGCUAACCCAGCAGGUGCAGAUGUAAAAUGAACCAACAAGCAAAAGAAACGUUCUCCCUUGAAUUCACUUUCACUGCACUGCCAGUCAAUUAUUAUUAUUAUCUUAAAGAGUGUUACAUUUGCAUGCGUUUACAUUUGUUUUAGUCAAUUUCCUACAUGUUAAGCCAGUUUGAUAUUGACGUCAGGUAAAGAGUAGAUUUCUCUGAGCGACAAGGUAGGAAAGAUUGUACAACAACGCCACUCGGCGAUUGAAGCCAACUUCUGCAUGUAUAAUUGCUGCCUUUGCGGUCUCCUCGGAAAUGGCUAACUAUGUUAAUCGACAUCAGACUAUAUAACAUCCCUAGCUAAAUAUAACAAUCAAGCUGUCAAAAUAAUUGGAGAGGAAAUGGACUCUGUAAAAAAGAAAGAAAAAAGUGCACGAGAACAUACAAUUACAAACUGUUAUUUCAUGACGAAGCCCUCCUGUUCUUGACUAACGUGUGCACAAGAAAAAUGUCGAUUUGGGGAAAUAAUAUUAAACUUUUUUUUUCAAGGGGCAAAUCUCUUUUACUCUUUGAACGUGUUGAGUCUAUGUGUAGUCAAUUUUAUGUAUUUUGACAUUUAAAAGAACUAUAUACUUCUCGGCAACCUAAGCCGGAAAUACGAGAAGCACUCGAAGGCAGCAGCAGAGCUUAUUUUACAUUUCAAAAUGACGGACCCCACAACGUCGCCAGAGGAUCACUGGAAACAGACAGACGGGGCUUUCAGCGACAGUGGCUUUGACCCUAGUUUCUUUGCUGAAACUGGCAGAAAGGGUUCUGUUGUGUCCAGAGCCAACAGCAUCGGCUCGACAAGUGCCUCUUCAGUACCAAAUACAGAUGAUGAAGACAGUGACUACAGACACGAGACGUCAUAUAAGGACUCUUAUAAAGAUCGGCGGAGACAAGCGCACACACAGGCUGAGCAGAAGCGCAGGGAUGCUAUCAAGAAAGGCUACGAUGACCUCCAGUCCAUAGUUCCAACCUGCCUGCAGCAGUCUGAGUUUGCGGUGGGAGCACAGAAGAUCAGCAAGGCAACUGUGCUGCAGAAAACAAUCGACUACAUCCAUUUUCUUCAUAAAGAAAAGAAGAAGCAAGAGGAGGAAGUAACUACGCUCAGGAAAGAAGUGAUGGCGCUGAAAAUCAUGAAAACAAACUAUGAGCACAUAGUGAAGGCCCACCAGAACAACCCACAGCAGGGAGAGGAUCAGGUGUCGGACCAGGUCAAGUUCAACCUCUUUCAGAGCAUCAUGGACUCCCUGUUCCAGUCGUUCAGCAACUCUGUUUCAGUGAGCAGCUUUAAAGAACUCUCCGCCUGCGUCUUCAGCUGGAUCGAGGAGCACUGCGAGCCACAGACGCUCAGGGAGUUUGUUGUUGGAGUGCUCCAGCAGCUCAAUGGUCAGCUUUAUUGACUCAACUCUCAGAAAAAUUGACUUUGGGCUUGCCUUGGCCUCUCAGCGUGGAGUCAAAACCUCAAUCAGCCUCAGGCCACAGCACAGUAUUUACCCUCCCACUGACCACUGACUCCCAGGCUGCAAUUGGAUUACCUCAACGUCACACUUUGGGCCGAGACGGGGUGUCGGAUUGGAUUGAGCAGUCACUUUAUGAAGAGAAGUCCCCCGCUGAUGGUUUUGUUCAUUGUGUGUAUUUCAGCCUCUGCUGAUCGUUCUGCAAGGGGGAACACAAACUCAAAAAGUUCAAAAAACUGUUUGCAAAUGAAUGUAUGUGUUUAAUGCAUCACUUACACUAAGAGGGUGUUGAGUGCAUCUAGUUGUUUGAAGUAACUGCAGUUGCACUUAAAUCAAAACCAAGUCUCCUCUGCCAGAUUGAGUUUAGUCAUUUUUCUGCGAUCUAUAAACCUAGCUAAUUCAAAUAGAGAGAAGGCCAAGUCCGGAUGCUAAGGGCUCCUCUCCGCUUCAGUCAGCCAUAUCACUCACAGGAUGCUAAAUGCUAUACUACUGCAGGGUAACUGUCAUUUCUCCUCACUGUGCAAACAGGAAUACACUCUUAUGUUUGAAUAACAAACUCUUUACUUUUACAAGAUGACAUGUAUGCUGAAAUCACAUGGCUGACACAGGUGUGCAAUGUAGGCAGCAUAAAAAUGUACAACAUUAUUUAUAAAAUAUAAUUGUCAAUGCACAUUGUGAGGAGACUGUUAAAAACAGGAAGUUAUUCAAUGUUCAUGAAUGUUUUUCAGGAGAUGUACAAAAAAAGUUGAUUCUGUGCAAUCUUCUCUGUUCUAAAAUAAGCUGUUUUUAAUUAAAUUAUGUAAAAUAUCA